AUGGCACCGGUCAAUCUUUCGCACAGACGUACUCAUAAUUUGCUGCUGAUUUCCAAACUCUUGAGCCUGCGCGACACCGCAUCGCCCCUCACACUGGUCUUGGACUCGCUGGAGCAGCCAGCCACCCCACUUCUGAAAGAAUACAUAAGACGAGCAAAGCUGUCCAAAGUCCAUGUCACACUCAUUGCUUUUGAGACACUUAAACGGCCAGAGGGAGUCGAUGCCUUUGUAUCAACUCGUCGCAAGAGUCCAGUCGAAAUUGUGAAGGAAGUAAGCGCAGCUUAUCAACAGGUUGCAUCCUCCAACCCAUCACGGAGGCGCUUGAUCCUUGUUGAUUCUAUCAAUCCUCUACUCAAUUCCAAGAGAGUAGACCCUGGAUUCCAUCUCCCCUCUUUUCUCAGCUCAAUCCUUGGCCCCACAUCGCCAACCGCAAAGGUUGACGCAUCACUUGUAGUGACAUAUCAUCAAGACGUACCCGAGCCUCCCCAGCAGAACCCUUACUCGUCAUCACCUCUUUCAGUGUUAACAUACCUCGCCACGAGUAUCAUAACUCUCCAUUCGUUUUCGCACAUUCUAGCGCAGAAGGCCGCUCGAGACCGCAGUCUAGCCCCUCCAGUCUUUGGACUUGAAGAAGAGCAGGAGGGCGUUCUACUCGGCCGACUAGACAGACUCAGCGGCACUGGCGCAGCAGAGGGAAUUGUCAUCGAGUUGGAACACAGGCGGAAGAGUGGUCGUGGUGUUUUGGAAUGGUACCUUCUUCCCCCUGCGUCGCGCUAUUCGCCACAGCAAUUGAAAGAAGUUAUCACUUUACUCGAUGAUAACGUUCUGUACAAUCCUCCCAUGGAGCGGCAUCCCGGUGCUGAGAAUGAGGAGCCGACAUCUACCUUUGAGCUUGGCCUGACUGACAAGCAACGGCGCGACAGAGAAGGCGUCGUGCUGCCUUACUUUGAUGCACAGCACGGAGAUGGACCCGGCGAGGGAGGUCGGAUUCUCUACGAUAUGGGGGAAGAGGAUGAUUUCGACGAAGAGGAGGAUGAAAUUUAG